GAGGGAGCAGGGGGCUGAACUGAUCCCACGUGUGACGCUUUCAUUCCCGGCUCAGUAAUAUUCUCAUAGCGGGGCUUUGCAUAUCUCCUGCCGUAUCUGUGUGUGUCUGUCACUGUUACUGUAGUCCCAGCCUAGACUUUUUGGAAUAGAUAUGGAAGGAGACGGGAGUCAAGCCACAUCCGGAAGCCUAAACGACUCACAACAUGACCCGGGUAAAAUGUUUAUCGGUGGCCUCAGCUGGCAAACCUCACCAGACAGCCUUAGAGACUAUUUUAGUAAAUUCGGAGAAAUAAGAGAAUGUAUGGUGAUGAGAGACCCCACGACAAAACGUUCAAGGGGAUUCGGGUUUGUUACGUUUACAGAUGCUGCCAGUGUAGAUAAAGUCUUAGCCCAACAACACCACGAAUUAGACUCAAAGACGAUUGAUCCUAAGGUUGCCUUUCCCCGUCGCGCCCAGCCUAAGAUGGUCACGAGAACAAAGAAAAUAUUUGUGGGCGGCUUGUCGGCCAAUACAGUAGUGGAAGAUGUGAAGCAGUAUUUUGAACAGUUUGGGAAGGUUGAUGACGCCAUGCUUAUGUUUGAUAAGACUACUAACAGACAUAGAGGAUUUGGUUUCAUAACUUUUGAGAGUGAAGACAUCGUUGAGAAAGUCUGUGAAAUUCAUUUUCAUGAAAUCAAUAACAAAAUGGUAGAAUGUAAGAAGGCCCAGCCCAAGGAGGUGAUGUUCCCACCAGGUACACGAGGGCGAGCCAGGGGUCUGCCCUACACCAUGGAUGCCUUCAUGCUGGGGAUGGGCAUGCUGAGUUACCCUAACAUUGUGGCGACGUACGGCCGCGGAUACACUGGAUUCGCACCAAGCUACAGCUACCAGUUCCCUGGCUUCCCAGCGACAGCAUAUGGACCGGUGGCAGCAGCGGCGGUAGCAGCAGCGCGUGGCUCAGGUAGGGGGGCCCGUGGAAGAGGCGGCUACUUGGCGUACCCACAGAGCACAGGGCCAGGCCUCCCCGAUUAUGGGUUUUACUCUGCGCCCAGUGACCAGAGGGGGGGCCCCUGCUCCUUUGCUGACUAUGGCUCCCUGGGGCCCCAAGCGGCUCAGAUGCUGCACAGUGAGCAUGCCACCUCCGCCUGCAACUCCCCCCUCCAGCACCUACACAGCCCGGAUCAGUUUAAGAACCCAGGCACUAACCCGUCAAGGCCCGGAGGUUUUCCUGGUGCUAACAGUCCAGGGCCCGUGGCUGACCUGUAUGGACCGAGCAGCCAGGAUUCAGCUGUGGGCAACUACAUCAGUGCUGCUAGCCCCCAGCCUGGCUCCGGGUUUGGCCCCAGCAUCACAGGCCCGUUGAUUGCAACAGCUUUUACAAAUGGAUACCAUUGAGCAGGUGGCCGGUUGCCAUCUCAUCAGAGCAGAGUAUAUCUGGUGGCCCAGGAAAGACAGGACGAAGUUUCUAAUUGGCUUUGUGUGCAGGUGAUGCUAAUCCAACUUCAAGCACUACAGUGUCACCCAUGUGAAAAGAAGGAAAAGUGGGAAACCACAUGAAGAUGAAGAAAAGCAAAGAAAAGAAAAGAAAAGAAAAGAAAAGAAAAGAAAAGAAAAGAAAAGAAAAGAAAAGAAAAGAAAAGAAAAUGUUAGUCAUCUCAGAAAAUUAACAACUGCUGUACUAUAAUCCAAACCUCCUAUAACGUUCACAACCUGGUUUGGUCUAUGAUGUUUCACGUCUGUCUCAUGCACCUGUUUCCUUCCUCUGUCAGCUUUUCUUUUCAUCAGUUUUCUUUUUAGCGAGUCGUUUUUAGUUCCACCCUAAUUUGUGUCAUUUUUCAUUUGACCUUCUGGUAUAUUUGUGUCAAUGGAAUGUUUUUGUUUGAAGUGUGGGGGGUGGGGGUGGGCGGUGUGGGGUUUACAGCCAAGAAUAUCUGCAAGUCAUGUCUCCAUCUCUGUAUUGGUCAGUGUAAAGGAAAAAUGAUGGGAUGUUACAUUCAGUCUUCCCGCCAAAAAAAAAAAAAUCUUGGGGAGAAAAAAAAAAUUACUGAAACUUUAAAGAAGGUAUCUAAGUAAUAAAUCUUAGUAGCUGUUUUAUUUCUUGUGCUGUCUCAUUGUUAACCAUAAUUACCUAUUUUUGGGCAAUACAAAGAGGACUCCAAUAUUUUUAUGGUCCUUUUUUAUAAGUGUUGUUUUUUUGUUGUUUAGAAAUAUAUAUAUAUGCUAUAACAAAUUUCAUAUAACUACAUUGUGAAUUCAAACUUAAGAAAAUGAAAUGUAGCUGUACAUAUUAUUCCAGUCACUGCAUAUAACCAACUCAGUGAGAGAAUAGCAUAUUUUUGUGAUGGUGUGUCAAAAGAACAUGUUAUAGCGUGUGAAUAGAAGACGAAGCUAUAAACAGUAACUAUUAUUAUUAUUAUUAUUAUUACAUGUUUUUUUGUUUGUUUUUCUGCUGGAAAAACGACCCCAGAGUCAAACAGAACAGAACACGACACACUCGCUCUGUAAAUACUGAAGCUGAAUCAUUUUACAAACGUGUCAUACCAGCAAAUUUACAAACACAGAGUCAAACCAACACAGUUUUAAGAUGAGAAGAUGAGAAUUAAAAAAAAAAAAGAGCCUGAUUUGUUGAACAUUAUCAGCAUCAUUUCAAAGAGAUUUUAAAAGAAAAAGAAAAAAAGACGACUGAAUCCAAAGCACACUGUACUUCGUUAGAACUUGAACCGGGCUUUUUUUCCUUUGCUCUGUGCAUCCUGACACUUUUCUACUCUUGUUAGGAACUUGUUAGACGUCUGUUUUCCUUUGUUUCAUCCUGCGUGUUUCUGAUUCUUUUUGUUGUUGUUGUUGUUGUUGUUGUUGUUGUUGUUGUUUUGGAACAUGAUACCUGGGCUCUGUGUCCGCGAGCCGCUGUGUGACGCUGUUCUCUGAAACCGUUCUUCUUUUUCUUAUUUUUUGGAUGAAUUCGUUAAAAGUAAACAUUUUGAUACCAUACCUCAGCCUUCGUGAGUUCUAUUGAUGAAUCAUUGGCAGGUUUUAAUUUAUUCUAUAGUGGCAAAUACAAGUGGAAAAAACACUGAAAGCUGAAUAAAGUGAGUAAUCAUUGCACUGUGAGUAGUGAAGUACAGGCCAUUGUUCCUGUUUGCACAUGUAUAUGUUGGCUUGUUAAGAGCGGCCCUGUGUGGGAUAGAAUGAAGGAGAUUUUUGGGUUCACGUUUUCUCGACUUGACAAACACUUCAAAAAAGUUUUGAGGUGAGUUAACCGCUUGGGAAAUAGUAAGUGAUAUGUCACAGUGUACAUUUCUUUAUAUAUUCGACCCAUGCAUCAUCUGAAGAUAUUUAUACAGGGUCAAAAGGUCACACUGAAUUAUUCGCUGUCUGUCGCUGCACCAGGUUUUUACACAAGAUAAUAAUAAUGCUCUGGAGUGCAGCCUGCUUUUUAACAUCACUGAUGGAAUGAAUGGUGUGUGUGUGUGUGUGUGUGUGUGUGCGCGUGUGCGUGUGUGUGUUCUCUGAACUACUUUACCUGCUGCACACGUGUUUGUUGUUUUCAUUUUUGAACCCACUUUCUUGUCUCAUUUCUUUUCUUUUUUUCCAAACAACCAGGUAAAAGAAAUAUGCUGGAUACUUCAAAAGUAAAAAGAAAAAAAAAACAAACAAAAAAAGAAAAAUAUGGAAGUGUGAUCAAGUAUCAAGAUAAAAAGUAAAGAGGAAAAAAAAAACACACCCUUGUAAUGUUCAAAUGUAAAAGAAAAUACAAAACUAUAAAAAAAAACAACAAUGAAAGAUGCUUCUCUGCUGAUUUCAAGUUUAAUCAGAGUUUUAUUGAUACUUUGUGGUUUAUAUAUGAAUAAUUGUAAUAUACUAUUAAAAUGUAACUGUGCAUCCAUCGCUUUCUCUCUUUCCAUUUGCCAUCCUCAAAGAUCGGACUCUCUUUUGUUGAUCAUUCAUGUAUUUCAUUAGUGUGUAAAGAAACUUCACAGUUAACUUGUAAACAGAGUGCUGUCUUUGAUACCAGUGUAGUGCUCUUUGUUGUUCUCCCUCACUCUACCUCUCCUCUCUCUCCCUCUCUCUCCCCCCUGCGCACUCUUUUUCUAUCUCCUGUAAUUACAAAGUAGAUGUUAUAUAGGACUCAUUAAUAUAAUACUUGUAGUGAAUAGUGGACUUAGGACCAGUCAAGAUAGACCUUUCUCUAAAUGAUCAUGUUAUUCUGAUAUUUUGAUAGAUGUUCAUUGUAAUUUACUCCCUGUACGUUUUUUUUUUCGUUUUUUUUUUUCUGUUUUCUUUCGGUUUUAUCGCCACGCUCACAUGGUUUCAGCUAACCAAAGCUCUCAUAGAUGGAUAACAGAGAGAAAACAGAAUUGUACACCUGAAGGCAUUAUUUGGAACCCCCACCCUUGAAUGUUUUAGCAAGGGGUGUGUGCCAUACUACCUUAAAUGCUAACGCUAGAUAUGCAAAACCUACAUUUUAGUUUGUAAGAGGGACUUGUGCUGUAAUCAUGGGGAAAUAUUUAAAAGAAUAAUUAAAAAAAAAUCAUUUCAUAUUCUUUUAAGUUUACAUCACGAGUCCUAAAAUCACCUGCAGUGCUGUAUAAAUGACCUUUAAUACAAUAUCAUAUAUGUCUUAAUGCAUUUUAAUAACACUCUUUGCAUUCUCUUAUUUCUUUCAAAACCUUUGUUAUUCUUAUCAAUUCUAAUUAAACAUUGCUAACACAUACUGACUUUAUAGAAGUGUGUGUGUGUACAAAUGACAAAUCAAUCCUCCAAUCAGACUUGUUUAUUCCUUAAUAAGUGAUUUACUCUUUGUGCUUCACAUGAUUAAAUGAAUGACAAUCCAGUUAUGAGCAGAUGAAAUAAAAAGUGGCAAUAAAUUCAGACAAAUGGAUGAAACUCAGUUAAAAGCCAGGCUAAAAACAUAUGUCUUUAGUUUCCCAUUAAAAAUAUUGAUUCUCUCUGUGGCCCUCGUUCUUUCAGAAAUGAGGAAUCUCACCAUGGAUUUUUGGUUUAAUUUUAAAGAUAAUUAAGAGGGAGCUACCUAAAGAGCUGAGGGUUCAAGCAAAUACAAUUAAUAAGUGGGAAUCAGAGCAUUAAGAAACCUUUUAACCUUUAAAAGAAACAACAAAAACACAUUUUAAAUCACUUCUAAACCAAAAAACUAGCUGCGCUUUCUUUGUGCACCACGUCAUAACGUGUGCAUGUGAGUUCUGGAGCAAAUGUCACUGAGAUAUGUUAUUUUUACAGACACUGUACAUGACAAUACAGUAACAAUAUAGUCAUAAUAUGGUUACUCGUAAUAGGAAAGUAAUACUCUUCUUAUUUGCUGAAUACUAAUGUGGAAAUAACAUGGUACUACUGUAAUAGUACCACACUAUUACAUUGUUAUUAGUAAGGUGACUGUUAUACCAUAAGUCCUAAAACAUAAGCAUGUUCAUUGUUACUGUACUGCAGUGUAAAGUCGACAGUAGAUGUUUUGACCUGAGAGAGAAACAGAUUUUCUUUAUUAUGUUUCUGACAUCAGUCAAAACAACAAUACUUCAGUGUUUAGACAAGAUAGUUCAAUAUCUAAACUAGUUUAAUAUGUAAACUACAGGUCGAAAAUGGCAUCUUCUGUCCCAGUGUGUGUAUCUUUGGUGGAGUUAUAGGGCCAAUCUAAAGAAAUUGUGAGUAAUGAGAUAAAAGUCGUAAAAUGACAAGUCUCUCAGUAAAAAGCAGCAGAAAGGACUGGAUGACAGCCCGACUCUUCCUCCAGCAUUUAUUGCAAUGCCAUAUGUCUUUAAUUUAUCAUAGGAAUCCAUAUGCAGUAAAGCCUUGGGCCCUCUGUUGUUGUACUGACGCCGCUGUCAUGCUCGCCAGAGUCCCACUAUUUUUGUAAUGUUUAGCUUUUUUUCUCAUAAUGACUUUUUUCUUGUAAUGUGACAAAUUUGGUCUUCUAAUUGUACAACUUUUGCUCUCAUAUUGACUAAAACAAGUCAUAAUAUUACAAGAAAAAAGUCAACAUAUGAGAAUAAAGUUGUAACAUUACAAGGAUAAAGGCACAAUAUUCUGAGAAAAAAUGUUGUAACAUUAAAAGAAUAACGUUCUCACAUUACAACUUUUUCUCAUAAUGAUUGUAAUAUAAUUAGUUUUUUCCCAUAAUAUUAUGUGAAAGAUAAAAAUAAUUUUUCUUUAGUAUUAUGUAAAUUGUCUUAAAUAUCUGAGUCAUAGGUCCACGCUGUGACUCUGGACCAGCGCCUGAAGCUGCAGUGAUUCUUCUUUAAUCCAAAUUAAAGCAGAAAAGAACAUUUUAAACGUUGAUUGUAUUAAUUCUCAGCUCUUGCUCCAAACACUGUGCUAUAGGAUGUCCAUGUUUCAGACCGGUUACAUGUGCACGCGCUGCUGUGAUCCGAGAAUAAACAAACCAAUUAUGAAGCCAAUUCAGUUUCAGAGCUCACGCUGUGUUCACACUCCAGUCAAGAGCUGUUUCAAUUAAACAUCAUCUGCCUUUUUUAUAUCAGUUAUUUCAUUCAUCUCAUGAGGUUUUUAAUUGAAUGUUACACACAUUACAAUAAUAGAUAAGAUAAUGUUUUUUAUUAUUCUCAUCUAAUAUUGACUGUCAGAUUACAUACAGUACGUACAGUAAUGGCAGCUUGGUCGGUGACAUUAUUAGAUCAAUGAUUUCAGCGAUGCCAGAAAGCCUGAAAAUAGGUGAAUAUUCCAAAAGAUGUUAGGUCUAUCAAAUAAAACUCAAUUGUUUAUUAUUAACAUACAGUAAUACAAUAUUUACCCCGCCAAAAAACUCACAUUAACUUAUUUAAAAAUAUGUCCCAACCUUAAUAGCACAUUAAAGUGCAUAAUGUUAACUUUAAGUGGAAAUGAAUCAAUAAUUAUAUUUAAUUUGUAUAGUGUAUUGUCCCUUAAAUUUGAGUUUGUCUGAAUAUUUUGUUAAAAACAUUACACCAGUAAAAGAAGGUCAAGCAUAAAAUACUCUAUUCACUCUGUGUGUCUUCACUGCGGCAGCGCAAAGUGGCUGAAAGUGAAUAAUUAAGCAGUUAAGACUGAAAACCUUAACCUUCAAUUGGUUCAUUUCUCCCACCAUGAGAGAAGAAAAGGCCUUUUUGUGUUGUUUUGUGAUCCUGUCGCUUGGACUUUAAGGUAGCAUGGCUCUGUUGCUGUAAUUUCAUUUUAUGUCAAACUGACAGCGGUUUACAGCUGAUGAAUGUCACACAUCUUAGUAGACUAGCUUAUCCAUUUGGGGAGAGGGGAGGGUCUCGGUUUAAUCAAAAAAAGUUUCAAAAAAAAAAAAAGUCAAACCUGGAUGGUGUUGACGUUUGUAGUGUACUACUGUAUCCAUUUAAACUUGAAUCUCGAGGCAAGUGCUAGGCAAUGGCCAAACUAGUGAUCCCAUCUGUUGUGAGGAAACCCCACACGCACACGCACACGCACACGCACACACAUGCUUGUGAGAUUUUUGUUGCCUUGAACGUAAAUCUGUCUGGCGUCAUGAAUCUGAGCAACUGUGAGAUCAGACGAGGAGCGUUUCAGGCUCCUCUCGUAUUUCUUACUAAUUAGAUUGUCUUUCGAGGCUUAAUGAAAGUUUUGGAGCAUUUUUACCAAAAAAAUAAAAAUAAAAAAAGUAUUCAUUGUGGUGCUAAUGGCGUUUCACAGCAGACACUGUGCCCUUAUCUCUGAGAGAUACCGGAUACUGUCACAGUGACCACACGUCCACAGAAUGACCCUCAACUAUCUCACGCUCCCUUCUUUCAUGGUAGAAACAUGUGGACAUGAAAUCUUCAAGGUGACAGAAAUAACACAAGUUGUACUGGUUUAGUUUUGUGUUUUAGGGAAAACUUUCCCAUCUCAUUCAUGUUCAUUGAAUGAAAAUAGUAUGUACAUUUGCAACACACUGUACUGCGCAAAGGUCUUAGGCCACCACUGAUGGAAAAUUAUGAUUGUAUGUAAAAACGAGUUCCCACUCAUGCAACAUGUGUAUGGUAUGCUCAUGCAUGUUUUGAAUAGAGCCGUCAAGCGCCGCAGAACGGCAUUGUGGGUCCAUUGUGUCACUUUUUGGUCACAUUAUUGUGUGAAUCCAAAUGUUCAACUUUGCAAACGGCAGCCAAUUCAGUAAAAUCCCAACACAGGUGCUCGUCGAUCAAAUCACAUUAGUUUAAAUUUAACUUAACAAGAUUUGCUCCAUAGUUAGCCAGGACAGACACAUGUAGCGCCAAGCAUCAGACCAACAUGUACGUGUACAUUUUUACACAUAUUUCCUGUAUUUUAUCAUUGACCGUAUGGGGGGGAAUAAAGCUCCUACAGGCUAAAGAGUCAAGCAUUUACACAUUAAAGUGUAAAUAUUUUCAAAUGAUUAUCUAUUUUCAUGAUAGCAUCGCUAAAACAAAUCCACUGGUGGCAUAAGACUUGCACAGUACUGUAAAUAAGUGGAAAUGCAGUAGGCUACACACACACACACACACACAUUUGCCUCAUUUACCCAGGUUCAUAGUAAUUGUCAAAUCAUGACUUUAUCAGUUGUGGCUCCCGUGGCAUGAUGUGACGUUUGGUGUGUGGCCUGUGGACAGAAGCCUCCAAGUCCUUCACACUGUGUGGACGCUUCUCUGCAGGCUCAGCACACGGCUCACUUCACUGCUGUCUGCCCAUUCCUAACACUUGCCCCCUUUUUUUAUGUUAACCGACUUUUUAUGGCGAGAGACAGACAGACUUGACUGACAUCUGAAAGCAUCUUUCAGGUUAUCAUAUGGCUUGCUUAAGCCCUGUUGUAAAGUAUACUUAAAAUAAUGAUAAUAAUAAUAACAAUAAUAAUAUUAAUAAUAAUAAUAAUAACAAGAACAAUAAUAAUAAUGGAUGGGGGUCUCUCACAUAUCAAAUGUGGAAAGUCUAAUUUUAUAUUUGUAUUUUCAAAUAAUAAUAUUGACAAAAAAUGUCUGUGAAAGGUUUCCAUCCUCUACUGUGGUCCAGAAAUUGAUGUGUCUGUCUGGAAAAAUAAAUAAAAUAAACUGGAUUGUUAUAUUA